AAGAACUUUGCAUUACGGGACAGAGUAUGGAAAGCAUAUUUUCUCUCUGCUGUUACUUCACUAACUGUAAUGUUGGACUUACACCACAGGCUCAAACUCAGAGAGAGGCCGGGGAAAGCAGUAGCACUGUAGUGCAGGUUUGAAUGAAAUCAUCACAUCUUUGUGCCAGUGCGCCGGGGUUCCCUCCUUAUUAUGAACUAUUGAACUGAGUUUAGCAAAUGAAGCCAACAUGACGACCAAAACCGGGAUUCUCAAUGGUUGGACAGAAAGACUUGCAUGUCCCCCCCCCGGUCUCAGUACUUGUUCGAUCACAUUACAGAGAUGCAGCAACCAUAACAAAGGCCGCCUGAAACAAAGUCCAGGACUUCCUCCGGUGGGAUUCCAAAAUAAAAGACCCUUGACAGCGAGAGCACGUCCCCCUGAACAUCAACACCUCAGCAAAGACUCAAGGAGGUCUGUUGUUGUUCUGUCCGUCAUCAACAGACCAAAGCUCUGUGUCCCUCACAGGGAGAAGAUGAUCUGCAGGAUCCUGCUGCUCAUCAUCCUCACAUCACAUGUCUGUGCAGCAACAUUUGUAGUGAAUGUGACACAGAGCUCCUAUCAGACAGAGGAGAACCACAACAUCACCCUGGAGUGGACCUUCACCCCCAAACCUGGAACCUCCUCCAGACCUCCUGACAUCUACUGUGAACUCAGAACUUAUCUCAGACCCUUAGUCCUGUUUCAUGUGGUGAACAGAGUUGAAAUGACCUUUUAUCACGAUGGACAGUUUAGAGGACGAGUCCAGAGCGACAGAGAUGCUCUGAGAGAGGGACGACUAAGACUCCACAUGUCCAGACUCAGGACUGAGGACUCAGGACAGUACUGGUGUAAAGUGGAAACGGAGCAAGGAGGGGGCUAUGCCAGCUGUGAAGUCCUCGUCUCUGCAGCUGCUGAUCUCCAGUCUCAGACACCGACGAUUGUCCCAGAACAAGAAGAUCAGGAGAAGACCAGAUCCUACGCUGAAGGAGGAGCUGGACGAUUAAUUACAUUAGGAGUUGGAGGAGCUUUUGCAGCAGCUGCUCUUCUGAUUAUUUAUGUUACAGUUUUAGUGAAGAUAAUGAGAAAAUAACGUCUUGUUGUGUCUCAGAGAAUCAACCCUCCAGGAGUCGUACCCACGUCUCUGAUUAAUCACAACUUGAUGAUUUGAGUCACUAAACUGAGCGACUGCAGGACUCCUCCUUCAUCUGAUUGGAGGACAAGAAAACUGACUGCCAUUGAUCCAGAGAUGAAUAAAUAUUUGAUCAAUAACUACAACUGAUCAUUUGUAGAGUUAUUGAUCAAAUAAACCCUGCUGGUCUGUGACAGAUGUUAUCUGCACAUCUGGACAAACCUCUGAUCUCCUCAGCUGUGACUUCACUAAAGUAUUUAGUGACAUUAUUAUCAUCCGUAUUAGUGUUGCCACAACAACGGAUUCAAAAUCCCCAACUCUGGUCCUACAACAGAGUGACAGAUGGACCAGAUCCUGGUUCUGGUGGGAUUGUGAGGUUAAUCAACUCUUUUGAAUUAAGAUUGUCAUUAUGAAAAUAAAAAACUAUCAGAAUAGGAACAGAAGUCACCAGACAGGCCAUUCCCUGAAGGAAUUUAGGGGGGGUUGUCUGCUUUGUUAACAGCUGACCAGUGUCUUUAGACACAUCUGUGCAAAGCCUCACAGAUUUCUUGUUUGUCCAGAAGGUGCUCAUUUAUUGACCCUUCAUGUUGUUUCAAGACGUUAAGCUGACUUAAAGGUUAGCUAGGUUUAGUUGGACCAUCUGAUAACACGAGACCCCCAUGAAGUUUGGCCUGGUGACUUCUGGUUUGUAAAUAACCCAGUGUUUUUAAAAACCAUCUGUUCAAACCUCCAACAAGAGGUCCUGUUUUAGUUGACCUCUUGACUCUUUGUGUUUUAAGGAUGUCUGUUUGUUUCUUCAUACCAAGCCUCUUUAACUGAAAAGUCAUGUGUGUGACCAUCUGUUUUUGUCAAUUGUCCAUCCACUGUCUACCAUUGGUUGUCUUAACAUAGCCAACGCCUGUCAGUUUUUCAAUAAAUACCUCCUGCAAAGAAAAACCCAGCAAGCAUUCCGUCGAGAGCCACAGAGAGA